GGCUCGGCCACUAUAACUCGGCAGCGCCCAUGGCAGCGGCCCCCCAGCCGGGCAGCCCAGCACAGCCCGGGCCCCGGCCCCGCAGCAUCCCGGCAGCUGCAGCAGGUCACCCUCCACCACCAUGAUGGACAAAGGGCCCCCCAACUCCAGCGAAGGCCAGCAGGGCUGGUUUUCUGCCAGGAAUGGCAGCGGCAGCUCCCUGGAUCUGGAGUCUGUGGUGAGACCCCUGGCCUUGAACCCGUGGGACGUUGUGCUCUGCGUCUCCGGGACCAUCAUCUCCUGCGAGAACGCCAUCGUGGUGGUGGUCAUCUUCUACACGCCGGCCUUCCGCGCCCCCAUGUUCCUCCUCAUCGGCAGCUUGGCCACGGCCGACCUCCUGGCGGGUUUGGGGUUGAUCCUGCACUUUGCCUUCGUCUACUUCGCGCCGUCGGAGGCGGUCAGCCUGCUCACGGUGGGGCUGCUGGUCACCUCCUUCACGGCCAGCGUCUGCAGCCUGCUGACCAUCACCAUCGACCGCUACCUGUCCCUCUACAACGCCCUGACCUACUACUCGAAGAGGACGGUCACCAGGACUUACAUCAUGCUGAUCCUCACCUGGGGAGCCUCCAUCUGCUACGGGCUCCUGCCCGUCAUGGGCUGGAACUGCCUGAAGGAGCCGCCCGCCUGCAGCGUCGUCAGGCCGCUGACGAAGAACCACCUCAUCAUCCUCUCCGUGUCCUUCUUCGCGGUGUUCGCGGCGAUGCUCCAGCUGUACGUGCAGAUCUGCCGGAUCGUGUGCCGGCACGCCCACCAGAUCGCCGUGCAGAGACACUUCCUGGCCAGCUCCCACUACGUCACCACCAGGAAAGGCAUCGCCACCCUGGCCGUCAUCCUGGGCACCUUCGCGUCCUGCUGGCUGCCCUUCGCCGUCUACUGCCUGCUGGGGGACUACACCUACCCGGCCCUCUACACCUACGCCACCCUCCUCCCCGCCACCUACAACUCCAUGAUCAACCCCGUCAUCUACGCCUUCAGGAACCAGGAGAUCCAGAAAGUGCUGUGGGCCGUGUGCUGCGGCUGCUUCUCCUCCACGCUGCCCUUCCGCUCCCGCUCCCCCAGCGACGUCUGAUGUGCCCCCUUCCCCAACCACCUCCCUGCACCUUCCACUCACCGGCUGCAGUCGGGGGAUCCGCUUUUAUUCCCCCUUCUCAUUCCCAGAGGCAACGUUGCGGGAGCUCUUGGAACCAGGCAGCUCUUCCCAGCCUCGUCCUUUUCGGGCACAGCCCCUUCUUGGUCUCUAUUUUUCCACUUUUUGAAUGUACAGGAGAGAAAAGCGUAUUUUUUAUCCAUAAUAUAAUCUAUAUUUAUGUGUGAGAGAGAGACAGAGAGAGAGGGGGGAGAUCCUCAUAUUUUCUUUAAAACUAUUUACGAUGCUUUAUUUUUUUAAGGGGGGGGCGACACCAGGAACGUUCACCCCCAUCUUGCUUUUUUUACAACCUCAUUAUUUACCUCAGAUAGUUAAAAUAUAUUUUGUACGUUUGGGGAAGGGGGGAAGAGACUCAUUGCCAGAGGAGGAGGGACUCUAACCCUCCCCCCCAUCUUCUCCCAGCUGUCCAUCCAUCGCUUUAUUUAUUUUUUUUAAUUAUUAUUUAAUUUGAUUUCCGUGCCUCCCUCCCGCCCAGCGCUGGGCCCUGCUGCCCUCUAGUGCUCGCUGCCUUCGGGAGGAGGGGGCUGCCGGAGGCUCCACACCCCCAAACCCAGCAGUUUUGGGGUCCUCUGGGUGCUACCACCCCCCCUCCUGGCACCCAGGGCUCCCCCCUGCCAAAGCCUUUCUUUGCACUGGGGUUGGAUUUGCACAUUUUGGAGGGGGGAGAUAGAUGUGAAGAGGCCUCUUGUGAUGGGCCCCCUCUGGAUGGGGAUCUCUUGGGAUGGGGGAUCCCUCAGGAUGGGGAACCCUCGGGGUGGGGACCUCUCGGGGCCAAGGUGAGGGUGGGGGGGCUGCUUCUUGUUUACAACGGUGGG